UGGAAGUCUCAAAUGGAGACUUUUUCUUCUAUUCCUUCCUUUAAUGAUUGUGACAAAAACAGAAAUUUUGAGUCAAAAAAUAAUGAAACGACCUUUUGUCACGUUACAUCAAUGGACUAACUUAAAAAUGUCAUUUCCCAAUGAAGAGACUCUAAAAUUGGCACAAAAAAACGGACAUUACAAUAGUAACGUACCUUUACCUGUUGAUGUGGAUGUGGAAUAUGGAGAUGAUGGCUAUCAUCGCACGUUUUUAACAAUACCACGACUAAGCCACGGUAUACCAUAUUCAUUGGCCAUCAUCACAGAAAGCAACAACACAGUUUUGUUGAAUCCCAGAGUAGAGCCAUAUCCAAACUAUUAUUGGCAUUCGAGUCAUGGCGCAAAUUGCAAUAACAUAACAUCUGCGAUAAGGACCUUUAUUGAUGAUUGCUGGCGUUUAUGGAUCGUUGAUUCCGGACAAAUUAAUUCAUUUCAAUAUUGCGCACCGCAAAUUUUAGCAUUCGAUUUGAGUAGUGAUAAAUUGGUUCAUCGCUAUAUAUUACCAGAAUAUCUAUAUACACCAGGUGUAUCAGUUUUUACUGCAUUGAUUGUGGACAUAAAAAUGUCUAAUUCUAAAAAAAUGUGCGAAAAGCCUUUUAUUUAUGUAGCAGAUCCUUGGGGCUACGGUUUAAUAGUUUAUGAUGCCUUCGCUGGAAAAUCGUGGCGGGUGGAACAUGAAUUAAUGAAGCCGGACAAGAAUUUACAAAAGUCCAAUUCAGCAAAUAAUGGUAUUUUUACUGUUAAUAUUAGUCCCGACGGGUUAAAUAAAGGAAAACGAUUCUUAUACUUCCAUGCCUUAAACAGUUAUAAGGAAAUCGGUGUACCUUUACACGUCAUUAAUAACUCAACGAAUUGGUUCAAUAAACGCUAUAAUGGAACUAAUGAUUUUUUUGUGGUAGGAAAUCGUGGCACUCAGUGCGAGUCGGAAACUAUUGACAAAAACGGUAACCUUUACUGCAGUAUUAUUAAUUCAAAUGCACUGAUCGGCUGGACACAAGAAAGUGUCUAUAGUGCAGAUACACUACAGGUUUUAGCGUACAGUCCAGAACAGUUUAAGUUUAUCACCGGCCUCAAAAUAAACAGAAAUUCAGAAAAUGAAGAGGAAAUGUGGGCUUUGAGUAAUGAUCCAAAACUUUUUGUUGGGAGACCUACUAAAUCGGGUAGUACUAAAUAUCAAAUUAUUGGCUGUCGUAUAGCUGAUCUGUUAAAUAAAAAACAUUGUACCGUUGGAGCGAAUACAUAAUAAACAUUUACUUAGUUAUAGGAUAAAUAACAAAUGGCUUUAGCUUUAACUUUUAGAUGUACAUAAAUUUUCUAUAUUGCCUAUGUCCUGUCAGAUUUUAAUACUUACAUUUCAAAAUAAAUUAUACUUGCUUCAAGAAAACGCAAUUCGCACAUAUCUAUCUACGAUGCGAUUUCUUUAUUCAAGUCUAGAAAAUCUCCAGAUAGCGACGAAACACUGACAAAAUAUUUUAAAGGGAUUCCGGUAGUUCAGAAUACUUAAGAGGGGAGUGAAAUAAAAUAGUAAUCGGUUAAAUAACAAACAAAAAAAGUUGAUAAAAGAAUUAUAUUUAGAAAGAAUCCUCACUAAUGUCAACCAUCAAUACUACACAAAAUAAUUCUGGGUUGAAUAACUGAAACCUAUCCUAAAGAACUGAGCAAACCGAGCAGAUUUCCGCUUGGGAUAAUCGUUCCAAGCAUAUAUAAACAUUUUUCUUAUCGUUAUUAACCCAAUUGAAAGAAUUGAAUUGAAAAAUUUAUUUUACUUUUGUCGAUUUUAAAAAAUUAUCUGACGCUCUACAAAAACGCAUUAUACAAAACCUAUUGGAAACUAAAGGUACCCUGAAAAAAAUGUAAAUAUAGUAAUUUUUAGAGUAGAUAAGGCAACUUUCCAAGUGUUGAAAGAUGGAGCACUGAGGGAGUCAUUCAUAUUAUCUAGUAGAGUUGUGUCACUACCUAACUAGUUUUUUUUAAGUACUCCUGUCUUGGUUUUCGAUUCAAUGGAUAAAGAACACUUAGAAACAGAUAGGGAUUUUAAAUACAAACUAUGCCACCUUUACGCCGCUGAUGAUCUCAUUUCUAUGUGCAAACGAAAAUAAUUGCCCCACAAUUAAGUAAGAGUCACACAUUAACAAUCAGAGCUAUAUAAUCCAUUUACUUCAAAUGUAGAACCUCUGACUUGAUACACAGAAGCAAAUCUGAAGUUUCUGGAUUAAUAUAGUACAGCAUGGCACCAAACUCGGCCUAUCUUAUAGCACCUCCUGUCGCUCAAAGAAAAGAUACUAGAACUGCUGUUGUGUCAAUGUUCAAGCUUGUUUAGUACCAGGCUUAAGGUAUUGAGUACUUUAGUCUUUAACGCUAUACUCCAUUCUCAGCGAUAUUUCCAGCAUUAGCAUUAGUCAGAAACUCGCAUUUAUCAAUGAUCCCGAGUGUUUCUACCAUGAUCACGUUUCUACCCACUAUUAUGAGGGAUUGUGGAAUCAAAACAGUUUUCUUAACUAUUUGAGAAGGACUUUAUCGAAUGCCUAUCAAAAGUUAAAUCGAAAAAUAUAAUGUAUCUAAUGUAUUAGUAAUAGGUCAGAAAAAAUUAUAACUAAGAGACAAAAUACUUAAACUAUAAAGUACCGUUAACUAACAGUCAAUGAACCAAUUAAAAUUCCUGUUAUACUACGAGGUCAAUGCGGCUUAUAGAUUGAA